CACGUCACACACACACUGGUCAUCUGCGCUGCGUCCGCGUUACUGUCGUGAUGAUGAUGAUGGUGACAGCAGUGUGUCGCUGUUACCGUCACGUGUCAUCACAGGUGGAGGAAGUCCUCAGCUGCUGCUCUGUUCAGUAGCACCGAGGAACAAUCCGUCACGUGCUUCAUCAUCUCUGAGGCUUUAACGUGGGAACAUGUUGCAGCUGUUCCAGAUGUUGCAGCUGUAGCUGGAACACGUUCCUCAGUUUCUGGAUUCGACUCCUCAGCGUCACAUUUGGUAAAAUCUUGGUCAGUAAAGCGUCAGAUCAGUGAGGUGCAGUGAAAUCAUGUGGAGCACAGGUAAAGUAACGUAAAGCGUCAUGUCUUCAUCUUCCGCUGACCGGUCCAGGCCCGGUCCACAGUGCACCGAAGUCCUACGGCACCUCCCACAGGUGGUGAGCCCAUGGGAGGUGGUGCCGCCUGGAGUGGGGUUCAAACCCACGACCCUGAGAGAUUGAGUCUCAUGCUUUGCCAACUGAGCUGAGCGGGCGGCAGUAACAUGAAGUGGAGAGAGUGAAGUACAGGUACAGAGCAUCGAUGACUCAGGAUCAAUAAGGUCAUUAUGAGCAUCCAGGUCGUUCAGUGACCGAUGAUCAGUUCAGAGCUGAGAUUUUUACUCUGUGCCUCUGUCCUGUUGUGCAGUGUGGCACUGUAGCCUAUGGGGGGCACUGCAGCUCAAACAGCAUCAGAAAGUCUCCCUGAGUUUAUUUCAUCUUUCAGCUGUUUCCUUCUCAGAGAAGAAGGUAAAUAAGGACACGUCCAGGCGUGACGGACUUUGAAGGUCAACAGGUGAGAAGCAAACAUUUAGUCCUGUGGUUCUCAUCCAGGGGAGUCGUGGGAUCAUUCCUGCUCUGAGGUGUGAUUCACCUCAGAGCAGGUUUUAGUGAGCCAAAGUGUGUGUGUGCAAACUUUUCCUCGUUGGUGCUUCGUGCCUCAGAAAACGAAAAGGUGCCAGCUGUUAAAACUGAACACAACUAAACAAAGCUGCCAUCACAAACAAAGCAUUAUUUAUUAUUUAUUUACAUUAUUUAUCAGAUCCAUGACAAUAAUCACUCAGAAUCUGUGGCCUCAGACUCAGAGAUGAUCGUCAUCAUCAUCAGCCACAGUACCUGCUGAAGGUCACGGUCCAUUGAAGGGGUGCAGUUCUGAGGGCCGCACGCUGGACACUGUCCUCCCCUGUCCUCCCCUGUCCUUCCCUGUCCUCCCUUGUCCUCCCUUGUCCUCCCCUGUCCACAAAAACCACUAACAGAAUAAGUCUACAUGUGCUUUGUGGAUUAGAGAAGGUCUAUGACCAGAUCCUGUGGGAAUUCCAAAAACACACGUGCACAUCAGGUGAACUGGCUACAUUGGCCCCAGGUGUGAAUGUGUGCUUGUGGGAUUGUCUGUCUUUGUGUGUCAGUCCUGUGAUGGACAGGUCCAGGGGGAACCCCGCCUCAUGCCCGUAGUCAGCUGGGAUAGGAUGGACACAGUGGUGAAGGUGGAGUCAGGUGUGUCGGCUUUCUCACCAUCACACAUCGCUGAGCUUCAUUUCCUGCGUUCGAGGGUUCGAGAGAUGGAGAGAGAGAAAGCAGAGCUCUUGGCUGAGAACCAGAGGCUGAAGAACAUGCUGGUCCACGAGAUCCCUGGGCUCAUGUCCACUAUGUGGCAGAUGUUGGGCCAGGCCAGUCACCACUCAGUCUCCAUGGCAACAGGUGGGACAGACAGCUACGCUCCUUAUCACCACCACACAGAGACCAAUCAGGACGGAGACUUCAGCCCUCAGGUCCAGGUCCAGCAGCUGCAGGAGGAGCUGAACGGGAAUCUGUCCUGGGGUCCACUGGGCUCCGAGGACGAGGAGGUGCAAGGAGGAGCCGACCUGGGCCUGGGGAGUCACAUGGGGGAGGAGGCGCCGCUCUGCAGCCAGACCGACAUGGAGGAGCUGAGGAGGAGCUGCUCUGAGAGCCAGUGUGCCGCUGGAGAUGCAACCGGACAGGUGAGCCAGGUGGAGGUGUAUCCAGGAUCUGGUGUGCUGUGCGAUGUGCGGUCGUGGCAGGCAGCCAAUCAGGCACAGUCUCCCACAGCAAUGGUGCGGAUGCUGCUGCUGGGCGUGUUUGAUAUGAACACGCUGAUGAACAGUAACCUGAGAGGUGGGCGGAGCCGCCGGCCUGCCUUCCACCCACAACGGAGUGCGCUCGACCCCCACAAGAUCAACGCCAUCUUCAUGUCCCUCUCUUUCUCAGACGCCAUCUUGGCUCGGUUUCCUCUCGCCAAGAAAGGAGUCAUUGGCUCUGGCAUCAACUCCAAACUCUCUGAGAUCCGUUUCCGCUCCCGCAGAGCCAAUCGAGAUCCCCGGUUCCUCUGACGGACAGCUGGACGGCCCCGCCUACCUCAACAAAAACAACAUGGAUCGUCCAAUUAGAAUGCAGCGGUGUGGAGCUGCUACACCAAUGGGCGGUGCUGGUUCAGGUUCAGGUCUGGUUCUGAUGUCACUGAGUCAGCAGCUCUGUUGCUAUAGCGACCUGUUGGAGAGCUGUGCGUUGCCGUGACAGUGCAGUGACCUCUCUGUCUGUCUGUCUGUCUAUCAGACUAAAGGAUGAAGGAGGACACAUGGUGACAGACAGAGAGGUCUGUCUGUCACCAUGUGUCCUCCUUCAUCUUAGAUAGAAGCUGCUGAUCUCCAUUGUGGUCUACUGUGUCUUGGACAGAGGAACAGAGGGACAGGAGGUCAGAGGGACAGAGGGACAGGAGGUCAGAGGGGCAGAGGGACAGAGGGACAGGAGGUCAGAGGGACAGAGAGACAGAGGGACAGACUGGUGCUGGUGUCGUGUGUCAGACAUGUUUGUGUUUCUCUGUAAAU